AUGGCAAGCAAAUUUUGUUUUCAAGCACUUGACAAAACAUUAAAGGAUGUUAUGAGUACUGAUAGCAAUUCUAAACUUAUUUUUGGUGGAAAGGGAGGUCGGACUGAUGUGGAAACAAAAGAAAUUGAUCAGUUUUCAAAAUGGCUUUUGAAAUUGGGUGAAGGCCGACUUUGUGAGCCUAACGAUGGCCAUGCUGAAAUUGACAUUCCACGUGAAAUCUUAAUAGAACAGUUUGAUGAUCCUAUUGUUGCCAUUGUUGACAGUACCUACCUUGCUUUCUUGGAUAACCAUAGAUCUUUCGGUUACUUGAAAAGUCGUGCUAUAUUAGCAUCAACAAUUGAAGUUGUUGAUCAAAUUAAUAAUCAUGUUCUUAACAUGAUGCCAGGGGAAUCCAAAGAAUAUUACAGUUCUAAUUCAGUUGAUCAUUCAGAAAUUCAUGAUAACAGCAUUAUGGAAGUUCUCACACCUGAGUUUUUGAGUUCCCUACGAACAUCGGGUUUGCCCAACCAUAUCAUAACAUUAAAAGUUGGAACCCCGAUAAUGCGUAUGAGAAACAUUGAUCAAUCAGAGGGUUUGUAUAAUGGAACUAGGUUGAUAGUCACAAAAAUGGCAAAUCAUGUUCUUGAAGCAGAAUAA